AGGCUCAGAUAUUCAUCCACACACGGAACAUACAAGACUACAUAACAUGAUUUUGGUGCUGGGUCUUCUGACCCUUCUGGCUGUUGCCCACACAGAGGCAGGGCAUGUAAAGGGGAGGCCUCCCGUAGACUGGACCCAGGAGAAAUUGCAUCAGGACGAUAUUCCGUCACCACAAAUUUCAGUUGCUCCAGCCCAGGAUGCAGUGGAGGGGUGGAUUCACGACCCCAAAGACGCUCUAGAAGACCAUGCACGUAUUAAAACAGCAUCCAAAGCAGGAUCAGCAGUGGAUGCUUUGCACCAUGCUUCUGGUGAGCACCGUGGAAAAGCCCAAACAGCACCAACGCAAGUGAAAACCAUUGUAGGGCCCGCAACUACAGAUGCAGCAGCUAAUAAUCCGGCAGCAGUUAAAACAGUAGUGAAAAAAACUCAAAUUUAUACGCAAGGAGUGAAUAAUCCAACUACAACUAUUAUUAGCAGGCAAUCUGUACCAAUUACAAGAUCUCAGUAUAAAGUAAAAACCAUCCAGCGCACAUCCACACCAAUUAUCGAUUCCGACUCUGUGUUGAAAUUUGUACCCGGUUCUCCUGGAUCACCUGUACUAAUACCAGGGCAGCUGAAUAUUCCAAAAGAAAUAGGACCUCUUGGUCUAGGACCUUAUUCCGCUGAAUUCGGUCAGCGUACUAGAGUGCUCACUUCAGGACCAAGUUCAGAAUUUUCUAUUGAUACGUCUAGACCGCCUGUUGUUGCAAAUCAACCGUUGAUUAGAGCAAGAGGUGAAGCUCAAAGGCAGGCAGCAGUAACUACGGCUCAAAAUUUAGAUGUGCCAGGCCCAUCCCUCACAGCAUCAUCACCUGGUGAUUCUCUAAAUCAACCUUUGGUUUACGCGCCUCCUUCUGCUGACAUAACACCAGAAAUGAUUGCAGCUAUUGAAGGCGAAAUAGGAGCUAGAAUAGUUACCGGCAGAAUACCUGGAACCGUUAUAUCGCAGGGUGGCACACCCUUAUCUAGAAUACCAACAGGACUUUUAGACGUAAACCAAAAUAAUUUGCCAGAACGUAAGCUUAAAAUAGAAACACCAACUGUGCAAAACGUUGAUUAUAGGAAAGAUAGCGUUAUUCUUAGGCCCCAAACACAAGGAAGCUCUGGAGUUGCACCAGCAGGUAAUAUUCAAUCGUACACAGGGGCCGGACGCAGACCGCCUGCACCUAUAUUACAAAGCCCUGUUCAAACGUCCCUACCAGUGAGAAAGUAUACCGCAUACGAAACUGUUAGACGUACUCCAAUAUCUUCAGUCGUACCAUCAAGAGCAAGUUUCGAUGCACCAGUUUCACCAUUAGGUGAGAAUGUACCAAUCUCAGGUGUCGAUGGAAACGUCUUCGGUCGUGUUGGACAGAUUUUUGAAAUGUCUCCAGGAGGAAAACUAACUCCUGUUUCUGAUUCAAAACCAGAUACAGAUAAAUAUGUGAAAACAUUAAAAGAAAAAAUACGAUCAGGGAACCAGAGGACACAAACAGUUGUUUCUACUGUAAAAAAACCGGAAGUUUCACCACAAAUAUCGUUAUCAACAGGAGGUUCACCUAGGCAGCCUCUCAAUAAUGUGCCCAUAUCUGGACUUGAUGGUAAUGUUCAAGGCCAAGUAGGUCAAAUUUUUGAGAUCUCUGAUGAUGGCAAGCUAGUUCCUGUUUUGGAUUCUCCUGCUCCAGUACCACCUGCAGCAGUUGUUACCUCUCCGAGAAAGCCUGCCGAAGUUAAGCCAGCACCUCAACCACCAUUAUCAGUAGCUUCAUUACCUAGUCCAAGACCACAAGCGACACCUAUUUCCAGAGGCAGUUCAAUUGUACCUCCAAGAACUUCAUUACUCUCCCAAAAUUUCGGCACAAGAACGUCCUCCUAUUUACCAUUAAACGUUGUACAAAGAACCGGUUCUGAAUUUCCCAAUGUGCCAAGAGGAUACCAAACCUUUUCAGGAAUCCAAAGCGUUGGAUUCGCUAGAAUCCCAGGAGAGGGCUUAACAGGAAUUGAAUUAUCGUCAUUUCCAGGAAUAGAAGACGCUCUUACUGAAGGAAUCAUUAGCAAUGAGUUGUUAGCGCAAAUACCUUCAAGAAGCUUAGCUACUCCUCCCGGAUUUCAAAAUGUGCUACCCUUUGGCACAAUACCUUCUCCGAUACAGCCAAUUCCAGGUUUUAUAUCAGGUACAAGAUCUACCCAAAUCCUUUCAGCAGGAGCAAGCCCAUUUCAAGGAACCUUGCAAGAAAUAGUAGCACCUGGUUCACUUCCAAAAGAUCCCCUUCCUUUUCAAAUAGCCUCUUUUCAAAACAGAGCACCCCAAAAUUUGCCACUUCCCCUCCAGAUACCUUUUGGAACAAGGUCACAAGCAAUUUCUCCAGGCAGAUCUCCACAAGUGAUUGAUGAUAGAACUCUGCAGGCACCAAGAAGAGAUCCUCCAGCAACUUCUGGAAGAACUGAUUUAAGAUCUUCUCCACGUAGAACUCCACAAAUACCAACUCAGGUCGUAACUCCCCAAAAACCAAGCACUACUAUUCAAAAACCAUCAUUGCCAAGAACAACUCCUCAAAGGCCAUUACCUCCAAGUAGAAUUAGCCAAACGACUUCUUCAAACGUAACUCCUGUACCACCGUCCAUACGAAGAACUCCUCAAGUACCUCCUGCCUCAAGCAGAGUUCCACAGACACAAACUACUCCUAGCAGAAUUCUUCAAACAACGACUACUUCAAGGAGAACAGGAACUUCUAAUGUAGGUAGAAUCCCUCAAAAACCUAUUUCCGUCCAAAGAACUACAUCUCUUAGUGGAACUCGACAACUGCCCCCUUUUCGGGACACUAUUUCACGCAUAGAACAAAGCGUAUUUCAAGGAGCGCCUCAAAGCACUACGGGAGGGUUAAGAGUUGAUUUCUCACAAGACAAGGUUCCGAUAUCAGGUGUUGAUGGAAAUAUCUAUGGCAACGUUGGUCAGAUUUUUGAAGUGUCUUCAGAUGGUAACUUAGUACCUGUAACAGAUUCACAAGCCUUGCCAGAGAAACCAAAACCAGCACCACCAAGUAGACGAAUCAUUACAGCAACAAGUACUAGGAUUUCGCAACCUUCACCACAAAUUGCCCCGAGACCACAAAUCGUAUUGCAAGGAGCACCUCAAAGCCCCACAGGAGGGCUAGGAGUUGAUUUCUCACAAGACAAGGUUCCGAUAUCAGGUGUUGAUGGAAAUAUAUUUGGCCACGUUGGUCAGAUUUUUGAAGUGUCUUCAGAUGGUAAAUUAGUACCUGCAACAGAUUCACAAGCCUUGACAGACAAACCAAAACCAGCAACACCAAGCAGACGAAUCAGUACAGCAACAGGUACUAGGAUUUCUCAACCUUCACCACAAAUUGCCCCGAGACCACAAAUCGUAUUGCAAGGAGCACCUCAAAGCACUACAGGAGGGCUAGGAGUUGAUUUCUCACAAGACAAGGUUCCGAUAUCAGGUGUUGAUGGAAAUAUAUUUGGCCACGUUGGUCAGAUUUUUGAAGUGUCUUCAGAUGGUAAAUUAGUACCUGCAACAGAUUCACAAGCCUUGACAGACAAACCAAAACCAGCAACACCAAGCAGACGAAUCAUUACAGCAACAAGUACUAGGAUUUCUCAACCUUCACCACAAAUUGCGCCGAAACCACAAAUCAGUCGAACCACAAUUCAAAGUCCCAAGACCACUAUACUAACAGCUCAGCGAACUGAAACGAGGACCAAUGUAGAGCAAACAAUACCGACUGCGGGGGCAACAAGAUCUGGUACUGCACCAGGAAAUAUUCAAUCUUUAUUAGGCGGAAUUAGUUCUCAAAGAUCCACUGGUCCACAAACUAUUCGAAACGACGAACAAAUACAACUAAAGGUCGACGAAGAGAUUACAGAUCAUCUGCUUAAACCAACUGCGUCAUUCCAGCUUGAUCCAGCAAUACAAAUGACAGGACCAAAAAGCACCUUUCAUAGAACCGAAGAAGCAUCUCCGCAGGUAAUUUCUAUAACUCAAGGAGGCCUAAAGGAUGAUCUGCAACAACAGCAAGUACACUCUACAGGUUUCUCACAAGUUCCUCCACAUUCUGUUUCGGCUUCUCAAAUACCAUUGUUGACAAGAGUUAAUGAAACUCCGGACUCUCAAGAACAAGUACUAGAACAAGUGCUGUUGUAGAAAGAAAAGAGAAGCUAAUUUUUGUACAGUGGUUUAGGGGGGAACUGGUGUUCAUAUAUUUUAUCUAAAUUCAUAAACUUAAAUGCGUUUUCAAAGAAAAGUCUUGAAUGUUCUAAAUAAAAAAAAUUCAAUACAACUGUGGAAAACUUUUUGAA